AUGCUGUUGUACAUCCUUUUGGACUUAAACAAGCCUGCUUGGAAAGCCCACCAAGAAGAUCCUUUAAACAACUUACAAGUCUUUGUAAACGCUUGUAUUCUCAGCGAUCAAAGCAAUACUGUCAAAAUAAUCAACUCAAAGACAGUUAUUUUCAAUUCAGAAGUUCACAAGGAUUUUUCUAGUGUGUUUGAGUAUUUAAACUCGAAAGAUGACUUUGAAAGGUUGAAAGUAACGCCAAAAGAUUUGGGGUUUGCAUUGAUGGACUUUCCCACUACAGUUUUAAUAUUUGAAAUGACAGAUGAAAGCAAUGAAAAGAUCAAAAACAGUCAGUAUCUCGAGUAUCUUAAGUGUAUGUUUGUAGCACAGCAUAGAAAAAUACCCAUCCAUGGCUUUUCAUUGCACAGGAACAUACUUGUAAGGAUGUGUUGUGAGGGGAGCGGUGGGAUAUUUCUUGAAAGCUGUUCUUUUUCUGACAUGUUCCAGCUACUUGGAAAUAGGACUAAGAAGAAGGAUGCGUAUCAAAUCAAGUGUGCAUGCUGUAACAAUUUUGUUACACUUGGUCUGGUAUGCCCUGUUUGUUUACUGGUGUACUGUAAAUUUAUGCCUGUUUGUAAAAAAUGCAAAACGAAAUUUACAUUUAUCAACUAA